AUGUCCUCUUCCAUCGCUGGGCUCCGGUACUCAUCGUCGGAUGUUAAGGCCCGCUGGACGCCGAGCAUCACAGAGGCCGGUGUGAUUCUGAAUCCAGAGUCUCUGCUGGGAGCUGCCGAACUGCCGGAGACGGAUGACUUCGUCCCCAUGACAGCUGCAGUGGACAGCAGCUACACCUCUGUUGAGAGUUCACCGUCCGGCGAAACUGAUGAAGGGGAGGUGGCCAACAACUCACUCUCUAUUACAGAUAAGCUAGAUCAGUUGAGGAGGUGGCAGCAGCAGUUAAAGCAGCAGCUAAACGCCGACCGGAUGAAGAAUAAUUACAGUCAUCCCCAUGGACUACAAGAGGAGGAAGCGUCGACACAACUUCAAAGUGGCCAAAAUCUCGUCGAAAGGCACGAUGAGGAAGGAGGUCCGAGGCGUGAUGGUUUUGCAAAGCCCAGAGCAAAAGACACCAACGCUCACAACAACGGACAAGAUUCAAUGCCAUCAGACAUACCAAUCCAGGCAGGCAAGCAACCAUUUGAGAAGUUGUUGGAGGAGCAGCUGAGGUUAGAGGAGACGAGGUUGAAAUCUACAGAGAAACAACAGACUCCAUCUGAAAGGCAGUCGGCAGUCCCCCCUAAACGGGCGUUUCUGAGACGAGGUCAGGGCUUGUCUCGAUUUAGCAGCAAGGCUUCACUUCCCAAAGUGGAUUCAAAAACUGAUCCUAAUCCAUCCUGCGGCAACUCUGAGCCGAUGUGUAUCCAGAGAUCGGGGGCCCAGCGUAAAACCGCAUGGAUGAACAAGGAGAACUGCCCAACAGAAAAAAUGGAUGCAAGGGUCAAGAAUAAUGCAACAGGGGUCAAAGUAUUGGGAUGCCACCAGAACCAAAGCACCGGAAGGGAGGUGAGAAUGGACAAACUUCACCCUGCCACGAAGAUUGCGGUCGAGCAGCCCAAAGUCCCCCGGGAAAUCCCAGAGAAGUCUUUGGAGGAAAAGCUGCUGAUUUGGGAGAGCGAGCCCCAUAAGGAGAGCAUAGAGUUGGGAGAGUUUGAGCUCCUGGAGCGAGCCGCAGAAGAGCUGUCCUUCUCCUCCAACUCCUCGUUUGUUACCAAGAUUCUGCAAAUGGACCGUGAAAAUCGCAAGCUGCAGGGUGUGGUUGGGCUCCACCAGAGAAGACUUUCAUCCACACCCAUCAAGUCGCCGGCAGCUGAAGAGCAGCGGUGUAGCUCUAAAACGAACUGUAGCGAAGAGGACCACACUUCCGCUGACUAUAAAAAGCCCGAAAUGGCAGUCAAUCCUGCUGUUUUUCCCAGCAACCUUUGCUUCCCCGUCGCAUCAGAGCUGCCGUACGAUAAGCGCUCCUACCAGGACGAAGACGAUGAGAGCGAAGAUAUGGUCAGCAGUAUCAGCGAUAGUGACGACGAGGAUAACUCCACGCUAAAGGACGACAAAGACUCCACGGCGGGCCACGUCAUCGUGUUUGACGACGACAACACGUGGGACGAUGAGGAGGACACGACAGACAGUGCAGAGUCCAUAACAGGGGAAACGAGCAAUCCAGAGCCAGAUGUUGCUCCCGCCCUGCCGCCACCUUCUCAACUUCCAACCUCACAACUCAUGAGGAAACUGUUCAAGCCAAAGAGCCAGAAUGCACCUCCUCUUCCAACUGACGGUACCUCAACUUCAACCACUGACACAACAGACGACAAGGUGCAACAGGUACAGUCGACAAAGUUGAGGGAAAGACUGGCGGAGCUGGAGCUUGAGAUUGAGCACUUCAAGAAGGAGAACGCGGCGCUGACCAAGCUCCGACAAGAGAACGAGAAUAUCCAAUGCAACCUCAGGAAGGAGAGGCUAGUGUGGGAGCAGCAGCGAACUGAGCAGCUGGCUCAGUUUGAAGAGUACAAACGGGAAGAAACCAAGAAGCUUCAGCGUGAACGCAAACUAUUUGAGAUACACGCCAAGACGAUCCGAGCUGUCCCUGACAAAAAGGAACGUGAGGAGAUCCAGGCUCUGAGACAACAGCUGAGCUCCGUGCAGGAUGAUCUUCGCAAGAAGGAGAGUCGCUGGUCGGCCGCUCAAAAUCGCCUUCGCCAGCAGAUCAAAACGCUCGGAGAGGAGAACAAAGAGCUGAGAGAUGAAGUGCACCUGCUGGAGAAACUUCGUCUGAGUACCUUAAAGAACUCUGUCAACGCAGAGAAAGACAUCAAAUGUGCGCCUCAUGUGACUAAAGGAGUCACCUUUGCUAAUCCACUGGACUCAAGAGGGAGCUCCAGCCUUUCAAAUGGCAGCAAUGCAGCGCCCACUAAAGGCAACUCCUCUGCACGUGCGCGUAAAGGGAUGAAAAAGAGCAACCUGAAAAAGACAACAGAGACCUCUUCGUCACCGUCGUCCUCCUCUACUAGACGAAUUUCAGAGGAAAAGCAAAUGGCCACCAAGGAGGAAUCUCAAAAUGAGGAACCCACCGAGAGCUGCUUGUUGAUUGUAAGCGAGUCAAAUGAAGCAGACAGCAGUGAGGCUGAAUCUGUUCAGGAAGUCAUCACUCAUCCUGAUGGAAAGGUGGAAAAAGUCCUGAUGGGUGGAGAUCGUGUGAUUUUGUUUCCCAAUGGGACCAAGAAGGAGGUGUCGUGUGACGGCUCCAACAUCAAAACAACUUUUUUCAACGGCGACGUCAAAGAGGUGAUGGCUGACCAGAGGGUGUUUUACUACUACUUUGACACCAAGACGACACACAUCACGUAUCCGGAUGGCAUGGAGGUCCUGCACUUCCUAAAUAACCAGACAGAGAAACACUUCCCAGACGGCACUAAGGAAAUCACGUUUGCAGACCAGACGGUGAAGACUAUUUAUGCAGACGGCAGCGAGGAGAGCAUCAUGACAGACGGAACUGUUGUGCAACUUAAAACGGACGGCACCAAGGAGAUCCAUUUCAUCACAGGCCAGAAGGAGGUGCACACAGCAGAUUACAAGAGGCGAGAGUACCCCGACGGGACGGUCAAGACUGUCUUCGCCGACGGACGGCAGGAGACACGAUAUCCCGACGGACGGCUGCGCGUCAAAGACGAGCAGGGAAACGUGCUAAUGGACAAGCGGUCGUAG